AUGGAUACAUNCUUAGAUGAUGGGAGAUCGAAAGCCCAAACUUUUGACAAAAUGGGGGCCCCACAUAACUCUGAUUACCAAAGACAAACACUCUCCUCCUUCAGGGUAACUGCUUCCAAGUACCCUCCCCCGUUUGACAUCUUCAUAAACCAUCGUGGGGUGGACACGAAGCGCAACAUCGCUGAGUUGCUUCAUGAUCAUUUUGUCCACCUAAAGCUCUAUCGAUUCUUGGACUACAAGUGCAUGAAGCCCGGCAAAGAUCUCAAGGAGGUCAUCAAAACUGCCAUACAGGGCUGUAAGGUUGGGUUGGCCAUCUUCUCUCCAAAUUAUUGCACUUCUGAAAAUUGUCUCCAUGAGUUGGCUCUCUUGACGGAAUGCAUGAAAUGGGUUAUUCCCAUAUUCUAUGAUGUCCAGAGUCAAGACUCUGAUCUUGUGCUUGUGGAGGAUGGAAGCUUUCUGGCCAACUAG